AUACUGUAAUAGGCGUAAAGGCGAACACAACAAGGGAGGUUGCACCUCUUGUAAUUGUUUACCUUCCUAAGCUGGCCCAGGUCUUGAAGAGUCUCUGUGAUAUCAAGCAGCUUAUGCGUUGCUUUGAAGGUCUAACAAAGAGGCGUCAGAAAUUACUCGACCAGUUCCGUCAACUUCCACAAAUAGAUGACUCAAAAGAUAACUGUUUCGACAGUUACCAUGGGAGGCUUGAUGGGUUGGUGGAAGAGGUGAUUAAGGAAGAAUGGGAUGUUUUCAAGGGAAGUUGGAGAAAGUUGCCAUCACAGUUGUCUGAAGACCAGAAGUCUGAGGUAUUAGAAGAAACUGAUGAGGUUACAAGCACUUGGAAGCAAAUUCAAGAAGAGCUAGUGAUGGAAGGUAAACACAGACGUAUAUGUAACAGACUACGUGUGAAGACUUGUGUAUCAAAGGUUUUGCCGAAGAUACUAGACCAGGAACAAAAUUUCCUUCAAAAAAUAGAAAAAGGAGAGACUGAAGAGUGUCGUUUUGAAUUGUUACAGAGAGAUGAGGUCAUUUGUCCAGUAUGUCAAAGAAGUCCUCUUGCUCAGGCUGGUUCUGUGAUAUUUUGCCCAUGUGGAAUACAAAUUGAUACUGAGCAAGACAGUUUUACCUUGCACAACUUUCACCAACAACUGGACAAGGGAAUCACCCAGCACACCAACAACUGUAACGUCAGCCCGAUCUUUAGUGUCAGGUCUGAGUAUGGUAUAACAAACUUGCUGAUUACCUGUACGGCUUGUGGUUUUAUGUUCAUCGUAGUUUGAUAAAGUAUGAAGUGGAAUAAAGGAGGAUUACUUCUGAGAGAUCUGUUGUUCUAAUACACACACUGCAAAAAUGUAUAUAAAACAAUUUCACAAUAAAAUGUUUCGUCAAACGGC